AUGUUCAACCGCGGCGUUGACUUGGUCCGCACCGCGCUCAACUCUCCCCACUCAGACGCGUCCUCCGCGCCCUCGUCCCCACGCUCUUCCACCGACUCUGUUCUCCCACUAACAGACUCACGGACGUCCUUGUCUGAUACUCCCGACCGCCUACCAUUACGAUUAUCCUCACACGCAUGGUGGCAGGGCUCUCCGUCUGUACGUACCACAUACACACCUGCGCGCUUCCUGCACGGCUCAUCACCGCUUUCGUCACAGGUUCAUACCCCCAUCCUCUUUGUUCUUAUUAUGUUUCCACUCUCCACCGCAAUCGUCGUCUUCUCCCUCUGGUCGCUGCCAAAUUCCACCAUCUCAUUGCCUCAGACCCUCUCCGAUCUCGCACAGCUGGGCAAGGAGCUACAUGCUUACUCACAGAGCGGCCCAGGCAGCGUAGCCCACAUCGUUGCUGUCGUCUCCGUCAUUUGCAUUUGGAUGCACGCUUUCUCCAUACCCGGUGCUGUCCUCUGGAACGUCCUCGCAGGAGCCCUCUUCUCUCCCUUCUGGGCCACACUCCUCCUCACAUUCCUCACCACCAUCGGUUCCAUAUUUGCGUCUCUCCUCGCCACCCCUCUCGCCCCCAUCCUCACUCGCUUCUUCCCACGGCCGCUAGCACUCGCCCGAAGCGCGUUCGAGUCGGAUCCUCAGGCUGAGAUCGGCACUCGCUCAAAGUCGCCAGCAUGGGUCCGUCUCUCCAUCCUUCGCCUCGUCGGCGUCGUGCCAUGGUCAGGGAUCAACAUCGCCUGCGGGGUUUGCGGCGUCUCUUUGACCGAUAUCCUGCUCGGGACUUUUAUUGGCUCCCUCCCGUGGAAUGCCGUCACCUGUCAGAUUGGAGACAUUCUUCAGACCGUGGCAUCUUCGCCCUCACACACCCCGCAGACGAUGUCUUCCAUUCUCGCAUCGCCCGAAAUCAUCCUCAAGCUCGUCUUCCUCUCUUUCCUCUCGCUCGCACCCAUCCUCGGCCGUAAUCAUCUCAAGGCUUGGCUGACACCGGCCGCUACAGUGAGCGACUCUGACGAACGGGUCUCGCGGUGGACAUGGGUGAAGGAGUGGCGGUCGAAGGUCCGGUUACCGUCACGCUCGCGGUCACCACAGCCGGACACGGAGAAGGAGGCCAUGAUGAGCGAGAAAUACGAGUUGGAGCAGGGUCCAUCUUCAUGA